AUGGAGUUACGUGCCAAACAUGCUGAGGAUAGGGAGUGGGAGGCACCUGCUAGGGCGGCGGAGCAGAUUGUAUGCAAAAAUCAGGAGCUCGACCAGUUGCGUGCAGAGCUGCAGUUAGCACAUGUAGAAAUACAGUUCGCACGUGCUAAGUUUCAACACUAUAAAGAGAGUGUGCUUGAAUGUGCUGAUACCCUUCUCCAAGCUUCUCUUAGCCAUGUGGAGGCCAUCGAGGGUCCUGAGGUGAUGGUUGAGUGA